UAUGCAUCCUACUUGCACACAGUGAAUGGCAACAAAGGGCAAUACAGUUUGUUUUGGAUAAAUGUUGCGUUUUUGGUUUCGUUUCUGCAAUCAUACAAAUUUGUUGCAGUGAAGUUUGAAGAUUUCACUAGUAAUAAUUUUAAAGAGAAGAUUCAAAAGUGAUUUUAUCUUCUCAUUUUUUAUACCAUGUAAUGCUGCAUAGAUAUUAAAUCUUGUAGUAUUGUUGAAAUUCUACUUCCUUGAUUAUCUUCACUUUUACUGAAAUUGUGGAAUCUAGUCAUGGAUAAUUCAGUGAUAGCCAAAAGUGGAUGGCUUUCCCGACAAACUUCAAUUUUGAAAAAGUGGAAAAAAAGUUGGAUUGAGUUAUAUAGAGAUGGCCAUUUAAAGUAUUAUGAAAAUGAAUGUAGUCCGAAUGCUGAAGAUAUCAUUUUUAUGCCGACAGAAUGCCUAGCAGUAAAAGCCGGUUUACAGGUUGAAGGUAUCCAACCACCUGAAGGAUAUGGCGUUCAGAAUUUAUUGUCUGUCAUUACUUCUACUGGAAAGACCUGGGUGUUUUGUGGAGAGUCAUUAGAUGAUAUGAGGGCAUGGCAGUUAGCUUUGGAACAAGCUCGUAUAUUUGGUAUGCAUCCACACCUGUCAGGACAUCCAUCUGCUUACUUGUCUAGUUAUAAUCCUGGCUACCUCCCAGCUUAUAGUGGGGAUACUUCAGUCACUUUUUUGCCUCAGUUUACGUAUCCAUCUCCAGCCUAUUAUGGUUAUCCUGGACCUCAGUACAUGACUGCUAACCCAGGACAAACUGCUCUUGUGUAUCAUCCUGAAAGGUAUCGCCCUGAUGGAACAGAUUUGGCAAUGGGCAUGUUAGGAGGUGCUACUGUUGGAUCUCUUAUGUGGGGUCCUCUACUUUGGUGGUAAACAUUCUGAAAUUGGUGGCCACAAGACUGUUGAUAUUUUGCCAUUUUCAAUAUGCCUACUUUUAUUAUAGAAAGACUAAUUUAAAACAAUAGUU